UUGGAGCAACCUGGUGUGGUGGGAGGUGUCCCUGCCCAGGGCAGGGGGUGGAAUGAGACGAUCUUUAGGGUUCCUUCCCACUCAAACCAUUCUGUGGUUCUGUGGCCAGUCUUCAGAGGGGUGGAUGGUCUCCGAGGCCUCGGCUGGCCCGCUGGUGUGCUGCUGAGAGUGCCCUGCUCAGGGUGUUUGGGAUGGACUGGGCUCCUCCAGAGCCGCAAGCUUAAAAUUGCCACAUUUUAAGCAGGCAAGGCCGACUGGUACAUGGAUUAAUUGUAUUUAUGUAGAGGUGAGUGCUCUACAUUUUCUGCUCUAUCACUCCUGGCAUCGGAUUGUGAAUAAAGCAAUCGGUUAUUUCCCAAUGCCAUAGAAGCAAUUUUAAAGUAAUGAAUAUUAACCAUUCCCGGAAGUUCAGCCCUUCCCAUCCCUUGUCGUUGUUUCUGCCUGUUGGGAACUGGCUCCAGCUUGCUUUGCUCCCGCCCUUCCCAAGAAACCUUCCUCUUACAGGAACAAAAGCGAAGAAUUCACACAGAGCUCUGGGAUUUCCAGCACUGUGGUUUUUUUAAUAUUCAGUUGAAAUACCCAGCAUUUUCUCAGGGAGUGCUACCUGGAGAUUCCCAAAGAGAGAGGAGACAGGAAAAAGGGGAAUUAAAAAAAGGUGGUGAAAAGCUAAUGAGGGCAAAACCCUUAGCCAAGAGGUAGUGCCUGAAGUACGAGAGUCUCCACCUAACGUGGUCUUUGCUCCUUAACUAAUUACCUUUAAGUUCAAUGGAACUAUCAUAGUAGAGGCUUUUUUCUGUAAGGGUAGUAGCGUUUGAAACACAAACCUGCUGUUUGAGAGUGGCAAGAGCUACAGCUAAAAACUUGAAUGAUGUGGGGGAAAUGUACUCAUUUUUCAUCGUUUCUGUCCCGGCAGGAACGGCUGGUGGGAUCAGGCAGACACGGAUCCCCCUGGCAGGUUCCACAGCAGAAGCAGUGACUGGGAAUCCCACCUGCUGGUGGGCAGCCAGGGCUUUUCCAGUCUGGAAUCUCGUUAUUUAGUUUGUAAACUCUCCACUAAUGGGAAAAGGGAAAACAAUAAGCAGAUGGAAAAGCGGCUUCUACCUCCUGUGUGGGUAUAAAAUAUUUUUCCCAGGUUAAUUGGUCUGGGUUGAUGUCUGUGACGAAGGUGACGGCCUUGGCAGAGAGCAACAGGGGAGAGAAAGGGCAGGAGGUGAGAUCUAUGCAAUUGUCCUGUGUUGUGGACUCUCCUUUGUGAUAAUUAGUGAGAAUUUGGUGUGUCUGGUUAUGUUUGCCCCAUUCACAGGCCGUUUGGAACUGUGGGUGCCCGCUUACCAAGUGCUGGGUUGCUGUCGAGGGGGACAGGGCUCCUACUUUGGAUUUUUUGGGGGGGAAUUAUGGCUGAAGCUGCCAGCGGGUGUGCUGGGUGAGGGACAUAUUGACCCGAUGGGGCUGGAAGUGGCCGUUUUCACCUCACACAAAGGACAGCCUGGCUUGGCCUCCCUUCUGCAGGAAUCCUGGGGACGGGGAUCUGAGGGGGGCUUGCUGGUACCAGGUACCGGGUACCGGGGUGGAGGGGCAUUUGGUAGUCCUCUGCCCCCGGGGUACCGGGAUAGAGAGGGGCUUGGUAGUCCCAUGUCCUGGGUACUGGCAUAGAGGGGGGUUUGCCAGUCCCCCAACCCCAAGUCCUGGAAUGUAGAGGGAUUUGCUGCUCCCCUGGCCCUGGGUACCAAGGAUGGAGGGGGUUUUGCCAGUCCCCUGGCACCAGAUACUGGGAUGGAGGGGGGGGUUUGCUGCUUCUUUAGCCCCGGGUACCGGGAUGGAUUGGGGUUUGAUGGUCUCUUGGCCCUGGAUACUGGGAUGGAGGGGGGGUUGCCGGUCCUCUGGUACUGGGAUGGAGGAGGAUUUGCCGGUCCCAUAGCCCCGGGAUGGAGGGGUGUUUGCCUGUCCCCUGGCUCCGGGAUGGAGAGGAGGGUUUGCCGGUCCCCCAGCCCUGCGUACCGGGAUGAGGGCGGUUUGCUGGUCCCCUGGCCCCGGAUACCGGGAUGGAGGGGGGUUUGGCGGUCUUCUGGCCCCCAGUGCCUCAACACGUGUGGCGGAUAAACUUGGAUACUCCAGAGGAAGCCCAUCAGAACCUCUCCUUUGGUGCCGCGGAUCGCUGGUGGGAGCAGACGGAUCUGACCAAGCUGAUCCUCGCCUCAAACAAACUGCAGUGUCUUUCCGAGGAUGUCAAACUUCUGCCUGCUCUCACCGUUCUGGAUGUGCAUGACAAUCAACUGACGUCGCUUCCCUCGGCUUUAGGACAAUUAGAAAAUCUUCAGAAACUUGAUGUCAGCCACAACAAGCUGAAAAGUAUCCCAGAGGAGGUGAUGCAGUUGUCAAACUUGAGAAGCCUUCUCCUUCAGCACAACGAGCUGAGUUGCUUGCCGGAUGGAUUUGGGCAGCUUGUCCAUUUAGAAGAACUAGAUGUGUCCAACAACCAUCUCACAGACAUUCCGACAAGUUUUGCUUUGCUCGUUAACUUGGUGCGGCUCAAUUUGGCUUGUAAUCAGCUCAAGGACCUGCCUGCAGAUAUCAGCGCCAUGAGAAGCUUAAGACAGCUGGACUGUACUAAAAACUACCUGGAAACUGUACCUUCUAAACUAGCGACUAUGGCGUCUCUGGAACAACUUUAUCUGAGAAAAAAUAAAUUACGUUCCUUACCAGAAUUUCCCUCCUGCAAAUUACUGAAGGAAUUACAUGCUGGUGAAAAUCAGAUUGAAAUAUUAAAUGCAGAGAAUCUGAAGCAUCUGAAUUCCCUCUCUGUGUUGGAACUUAGAGACAACAAGAUAAAAUCAGUUCCUGAUGAAAUCACUCUGCUUCAGAAGCUGGAGCGACUUGACCUCGCCAACAAUGAUAUCAGUAGGUUGCCUUACACACUGGGGAACCUUCCUCACCUGAAAUUCCUGGCCUUGGAGGGGAAUCCUUUGAGAACCAUUCGAAGGGACCUUCUGCAAAAAGGCACCCAGGAACUGCUGAAAUAUCUAAGAAGCAAAAUCCAAGAUGAUGUAACUAACCCAAAUGGAGAGCCUCCUGUGACAGCCAUGACUCUUCCAAGUGAGUCAAGGAUUAACAUGCAUGCCAUAACUACACUAAAAUUACUGGAAUAUAGUGAGAAGCAGGCAGCCGUGGUUCCCGAGGAGAUGUUCGACGCCGUCAGAAGCCACCCUGUCACCACUGUCAACUUCAGCAAAAACCAGCUCAGUCAGAUCCCUCCAAGGAUUGCGGAGCUGAAGGACUCGCUUUGUGACGUCAACCUUGGCUUCAAUAAAAUCUCCUCUGUUUCCCUGGAGCUCUGCCUGCUCCGUAAGCUGACACAUUUGGAUCUCAGAAAUAAUUUUUUGACAUCCUUGCCUGAGGAGAUGGAGGCACUGACGGGACUGCAAGUGAUAAAUCUUUCUUUUAACAGAUUUAAAGCAUUUCCUGGUGUCCUCUAUCGCAUCCUGGCGCUGGAGACCAUCCUGCUCAGUAACAACCAGGUGGGCUCCAUAGACCCCCUGCAGCUGAAGCGCAUGGACAGGCUGGGGACACUGGACCUGCAGAACAACGACCUCCUCCAGGUGCCUCCUGAACUUGGGAACUGCGAGUCGCUGAGGACCCUGCUGCUGGAGGGGAACCCCUUCCGCACCCCGCGGGCGGCCGUCCUGGCCCGAGGCACCGCCGCCGUGCUGGAGUAUCUGCGGAGCCGCAUCCCCACCUGAUCCAAACGCCUCCAGGUUUGGCUGCCUUCCUCCUCCUCCUCCUCCUCUUCCUCUUUCUUCCUCCCUCCUCAGCCCCCUGUUACCUGCCACAGUACCUUUGUGCCACUGUUUGGAGUUUGCACCUGAAGAACGAACUCUCCCAUCAGACAUUUUCCCCUCGAGGCCGCACGUUUCAAAAGUGCAUUUUUUUUAUAAAAUCCCACAAUGUAUGUUUACACUUCUUGUACCAACGACCACCAGCCCCUGCGCCUUCAGAGGGAGCCACAACCCCUUUUUAAAAAAGAAUUGUCAACAUCAAAGUAUUUGAGCCAAAGGCAGAAGUAGCAGAGUGUUGUGUGGCUGUUUUAUGCUCUCCUGGAGGGUGUUGAGCCUUGUCACCCCUCGGUGUGUGACAGUGGCUGGAGCCCCUGAGCCAGGGGCUGGUGACAGGGGGUGGGGAGGGGACGUGGGGAAACCCUGUGCAUGGAGAAGGGGGUCAGUGUUGGAAUCUGCACUGAGACAAUAAAUGUUUGCUGUCAGA